AUGGUGAAGCCUGAUCCCAUCGUAUGGAACCCGUAUUUGGGACAAGUCAGGUUGAUCAAACCCAGCAAAAAAUUAUACAUCAGUUAUAAGUAUUGUAUGGGAUACGACAACAAGAACAACCACAAAAUCUUGAGGAGGUUGUUUUAUCAAGGUACUGUUGAGUAUGAAAUAUACGAUUUUAAAUCUGAUUCAUGGAGAGUUCUUGAUGUGACUUGUAACUGGAUUAUACAUCAUUAUCGCCAGGGCUUCUCUUUGAAAGGAAAUACUUACUUUGUCGCUCAAGGAAGAGAAGAAGGGUUGAGAGAAUCUUUAAUCUGUUUUGAUUUUACAAGUGAGAGAUUCAGACAUUGUCUUGAUCAGGAAUCUAACUACAGUAAGGGAGACUCUGUGAUUCUAUCUUCUGCUGGUGAAGAGCAGCUUGCAGUGUUAUUUCACCGCGUGGAUACAUAUGAGAUUGAGAUACGGAUUACUACAAAGAUUGAGGCCGAUGAUGUGACAUGGACAAGUUUCUUGAAAAUUGAUGUGGAGCCGUUCGAGUCCAGUGGAAUGUUUUGGAAGUUUCUUCGGUAUGGGAUUUUCUACGUCGACGAGAAAAACAAAGCGGCAUUGAUUUGUGAUUAUCACUGCAGCAGAGCUUACGUGAUUGGAGAGGAUAAUUACUUCAAAGUAGUUUCUCUAGGAGAAUCUACAGGUUCGCCAGUUGUGUGCUCUUAUGUUCCUAGUUCGGUGCAGAUUCAGAAAGGUCAAGUGGAUAAAGCAGAGGAGCUUGAUGGUGGAGGAGGUAACAAAACCGUUGUAUGGCUUGAUGACGUCGGAGCUCUCGUGGUAACGGGACUGCAGUGGCGAAGGAAGAAGACAACAAUGACCUCCCGGCUCUCGUGA